AUGGGGAUCAUCACCAAGCCCGAUACGCUCGUCGAUCCCCAAGGAAUUCGAACUACGGGCAUCAUCACCAAGCCCGAUACGCUCGUGAAAGGAUCAGAAUCCAAAGAUUCAUUUGUUAAAUUGGCCAGGAACGAACGAGUCAAGUUUCGCCUGGGCUGGCAUGUUGUUAAAAAUCUUGACUCUGCACACAAGGAAUCCCUGAAAUCGACACUCGAGACCCGAAAUGCUGAAGAGAAAGCAUACUUCAAGGACAGUAACUUCAAGAGUUUACCUUCUCACAACGUCGACAUCGAAUCACUGCGUGCUCAAUUGAGCAAGGUCAUCUUCAACCAGAUUCGACUUGAGUUGCCUCGGCUCGUGGAUGAUAUCGAGCAGCGGAUUCUUACUGCUAGACCUGGGCCUAACCGCACCGGAAUUAAUGACCAGCGAGCGUUCUUGAUUCAAUUGAGUCAAACAUUUCAGACAAUUUGCCAAGCGGCGGCUAUUCGUAGCGAUUAUGACAAUGAUUUUUUCCAGAGUGAUGAAUCGUCUGAGAAACGUCUCUGCGCGAAUUUGAUGAACAAGCACUUCGAGUUUGCUGAGAAUCUGCGGAAAUGGGGGUCUCAAUGGAUCAUCGUGGAGAAAAAGUCUCCCUUCGAUAUUCGGAGCCGGACACACGAGAAGGCCAUCACAGACGCCUGCAGACUUUUGAAGCGAGGCCGUGGCCGAGAGGUGAAACCCCCCAUCCUAUGCCUGGGGCAUCUUCUCUGGCCUUUCGAACCUGAACACCUCCUCAUGAAACUACAGCCAGAUGUGAGCGCGAAGGUCCUUAUGUACCCUGAGAUUCCACCUACCUAG